AUGGUGCCGAGUCCUUGCGCCUUGCUUCUUAGAAGCAUUUUCCGGUAUCAGUUGAAGCAGGCGGACAUUCUGAUGACGAGCUACUCGUUUCAUUCCGGCUGUUCGUUUGGUCAGCGUUCGUUAUGGAGCAGCCGAACUUCUGUCGUGUACAUUUUGCCUUGGUUGAGCAACGGCUUUGUUUGUCGUCGAAUUCAUUCGUUUCUGUCGUCACGUGUCGGAUGGCGUUGCCUAGAAAGACCAUUUUUGGAAGCACGGUUGUUUGCCACGCAGGCUUCGACCAAGAGAUCGUCGUUUGACGACACAAGCAGCAAAGCAGAGGAGGAGGAAAAGAGACUGCAGAUGGAGAAGGUGCGUCGCAACACGAGACUCGGCCUGACGAUGAUGUUCGCCUCGUUCGCUGGCUGUGUCGUUUAUGCACUUGUGUCGUGGGGUGCUCCGCCGAAGGACGAGCAAGGCUUUACGAUAACCGAUGAAUUUUCUGAUAUGCCAAAGUGGAAACAGUACAUCCUUCGCACGUGGAAGGAAGUGAAGUUUUAUGAAAAGUACUUCAAAGAACCUAGUCGGGAGCAGUUGUUGCCAGAUCCACUCAAAGAACCGUAUGUUCAGCCCCCUUACACGUUGGUGGUCGAACUGAGCGGCGUACUUGUUCAUCCUGACUGGACGACCGCGUCACCGAUAGUCGACAACCUCGACCCGAACGGUCUGAUCAUGUAUCGCCUGUACAGAGACGCGACGAAGUAUACUCGCGGCCAUCACGUUAAGGUAUUUUGCAUAUCUGGAUUCUAAUU